GUAAAGAUUUAAACUCCGACCCCUGAGCUCUAAGCCGACAGGAUGGAGGAAGAGGGCCCCAGCUUUCGGAAGGAGCUGGUAAACAAGUUGCUGUACUUACACUUUAAAGAUGACAGAUGCAAAGUCAGUGGAGAUGCUCUGCAGCUCAUGGUGGAAAUGCUGAAGAUCUUUGUCCAAGAAGCUGCAGCUCGUGCAAUAAGACAAGCCCAGGCUGAAGACCAGGAAAAAGUUGACAUUGAACAGUUUGAGAAAGUGUUGCCACAGCUGCUUCUUGAUUUUUAGAAACAGCAGCAUUGGAGAAGAUGGAGAUUAUCGGAUCAAGCUGAGCUACCCGUAAACCUUCUCCAGUCAUCUAUUUGCUUUUGAUCGUUAUAAGACAGGGAAUCAACCUUAUACCAACAUUUUGGCUGUGUCUUAUUUCAAGAAGAAAUUCUAAGUGGCCAGAUUCUGUUUACUUCCUGACAUGACUGAAUCAAAUCAAAAGAAAAUUUCUAUAGCUACUGCCUGCCUGAGAAUUUCUACCACAAUCGCUUAGCAUCAGGAUGAGGGUCUCUUUUUUUCCCCUCUGCCAGGGUUGGAAAAUAAGGAAGCUUAUAUGGUAUCUUCCUUGAAAUAGCACAUGGUGGGGGCGGGGUGAAGGAGGAGGAAAAAA